AGUGUAUGCUAUUGAUAUUUUAAAUGUUUAAUUAGGAAUUUAAAAAUCCACAAAACACCAUUUGCAAAGAGUUUUAUGUGCUUUGUGAGAUUAGGUUUCUCUUUCUAAUAAUACAAAAUUGAUACUAAAGUAAGUGAUUAAGGUGUUGAUCCACAUGCGUCCCAUUAAGCCGUGAACCCUCCUCUUGUAAGUAUUUAUUUAUAUUUACGAUCUAGACAUCUAAUAUAUAGCCACAACCAUCCAAUGUGUGUACUUUUGGAGUUUUGGGUGAUAUAAUUUAUUUAUUUCAAUAUUUCAAGUUUUUGUUAUAUUUUACUACUAGUUCUAGCUAUAACUAUAUCGGACUAAAUGUUCAAAACUAAAUGUGUAAUACUAUACCUGCAGUUAUCAUAUCCAACCAAUUAGUGAACAAUCGUAGAAUUUUAAGUAUUUUAUCCAACGAUCGAAAGGAUUAGCAAAUGAAGAAUUUAACUAAGGAUCGGAAUGUUUUCUUAAAAACUACAAAUAAUAAGAAACGUAACAACAAACAUAUUUAAGACCGGCCCACAUGAGUGCAUGUGAAGCAACGUUUUCUGUAUAAACAUGAACCAGUAAGAGGAGUGGGUAAUUGUUGGAGUAUUACAAAAUUUGAUUUGAUCAAUAUCCGGUUAUUAGUUAUUACUUAAAAACAUUAUUAUAUACAUAUAUUUACACUGCCAUAUUUAUUAAAACCUGUAACAUGGAAAGAUUCUUAUCUACUCAAUCAUGCAGAUGAAGGAACAGUAACAAGCCUGCACUCUCUGCAGUGGCAUACAUUAUAAAUAUUAUAUGCAUCAUGGUAACUCUUGAUUGAAUUUUUUUAAUAAAAGAUAUGCCUCCAUAUAAUGGCGAUGAGGUGGGUUCGGUUCGACUUUGCUUCUAUUAAGUAUUAAGUUAUUAACUAACACGUAGAAGAAAGAAACUUUACCAAAUUCAAAAGGGAGUGAGAAGAAACGUGAUAGCAUUUUCAUUAUUGUUGAUGCUUAAUUAUCAAUGUAACGGUUUGGAACUAUCUGAAAUUAAAAAUUUAGUAGAGAAAGGUAGCGUCAUCAUCUAAUUCAUCUUCAUCACAUGUGUAUCACCCAUUCUGAUGGUUAGAACGUUCACCUCGCUGGCUACAUACAAAUGUAGAUACAAAAUAUAUAAAUAUGGUUUAAUCUAUGUUGGUAAUAUUUCAUAUAAUAUUUGCCAUACUGAGCAGCAUUUUAGAUUUAAAACUUUCUUAGAAGGUAAGCAUGAAAAGACCCAAAAAGAAGAAAAAAGGCGAGAAAAUAAAUAAAGACAUUCUACAAAAGCUGAAAGGGAAUGAAGUUAAGCACAAGCUAACGAUGAGAGUAUGGUACACACCAAGUGUCUGUAUAAUUUUAUGCAUAUAAUUAUGUAUUAAUCCUAAGCUAAUUGGCACAUUCAAAACUUAAUAUACAGCAAAUCAUAGUUGACUUUGUUUUUUAAUUUAAAAGACCGUAAACAUUUUUGGAUUAGUUGUAGUUGUAAAAAACACAUUCUCUCUUUCACAUGUUCAGUGUCUUAUGAAAUUUCUCAAAUAACUCCAAGAUCUUGUUUUUCUUUUUCAUUAGAACAUUUAAUCAUACAUACUCGUUGAUCACUAGAUCCACAUAAAACCAAGAUUCAUUUUUAUACAUAUAUAUAAAACAUAGAUAUAGAUUUAUAUAUAUACAGAGCAAGCAGUUACUUGCCAAGUUUCUUCUUAUUCUACUCUUCUUCCUCCACCACUUCCUUGCAUGUUCACUUUGUCUUGUUCUUGGUAAUGCACUAAAGGAGACGAGUUUCAGUGAGACAGAGGAAGAAGAUGAAGAUGAAGGUUAUCGUUCUCUUCCUCUACUACUGUUAUUACAUUGGUUCUACCUCCUCUGUUUCAGCUUCCAUCGACAAUGGCAAUGAGCUCUCUGUUUUGCUCUCGGUUAAAUCAACUCUUACCGAUCCUCUCAACUUUCUCAAAGACUGGAAGCUGUCAGGAACCGACGAUCAUUGCAGCUGGACAGGUGUUCAGUGCAACUCCCACGGCAAUGUUGAGAAGCUCGACCUGUCGGGAAUGAAUCUCACGGGUAAAAUCUCUGACUCCAUCAAACAGCUAACAAGCCUUGUCUCGUUCAACAUCUCAUGCAACGGAUUCGAAUCUCUGCUUCCGACAUCGCUCCCUCCGUUGAAAUCUGUAGACAUCAGCCAGAACGAAUUCACCGGCAAUCUUUUCGUGUUUGGCAACGAAACACAUGGACUCGUUCAUCUCAAUGUUUCAGGGAACAAUCUCUCUGGAAACCUAACUGAAGAUCUCGGGAACUUGGUCUCUUUAGAAGUUCUUGAUCUCCGUGGGAAUUUCUUUCAAGGGUCACUUCCACGCUCAUUCAAGAACCUGCAGAAGCUGAAAUAUCUUGGAUUAUCCGGCAAUAAUCUCACCGGCGAGUUACCUAGAGUUCUCGGUGAGCUGUCUUCACUUGAAACAGCCAUUCUUGGUUACAACGAGUUCGAAGGUCCGAUUCCACCGGAGUUUGGGAACAUCAAUAGCCUCAAGUACCUUGAUCUAGCCACAGGAAAGCUCAGUGGUCCGAUUCCCUCUGAGCUCGGGAAGCUAAAGUCACUCGAGACGCUUUACCUCUACCAAAACCACUUCACCGGUAAAAUACCGCCAGAGAUCGGUAACAUUACCACUCUCACGUAUCUUGAUCUCUCCCAGAACGCGUUAUCCGGCGAGAUUCCAGUGCAGAUAACAGAGCUGAAGAAUCUUCAGCUACUGAACCUGAUGGGCAACAAACUCUCUGGCUCUGUUCCUCCGGAGAUCAGCAAUCUGGCGGAGCUACAUACCCUCGAGCUCUGGAACAACACGCUCUCCGGCGAGCUACCAAGCGACCUCGGGAAGAAUUCUCCGUUAGAGUGGCUUGACGUUUCUACAAACUCCUUCUCCGGCCAGAUUCCUUCCACAUUAUGCAGCAAGGGGAAUCUAACCAAGCUCAUUUUGUUCAACAACAACUUCUCCGGUCCAAUUCCAACAACUCUUUCCACUUGUCAGUCUCUAGUUCGCGUCAGAAUGCAGAACAAUCUCCUCAACGGUUCCAUCCCCAUCGGCUUCGGCAAGCUUGAGAAGCUACAAAGGCUCGAGUUAGCCAACAACCGCCUCACCGGAGGGAUCCCCGGAGACUUAUCGGAUUCACUUUCCCUUUCUUUCAUUGAUCUCUCCAGAAACAAGAUCAGCUCCUCCCUCCCUUCCACGAUCCUCUCCAUUCAUAACCUCCAAGCGUUCUUAAUCGCCGAGAAUGAUCUCUCCGGAGAAGUACCAGACCAGUUUCAAGACUGUCCUUCACUCUCAAAUCUCGACCUCUCAUCAAACACUCUCUCAGGCACUAUCCCCUCCAGCAUUGCUUCAUGCGAGAAGCUAGUAACCAUCAACCUAAGAAACAACAAACUAACCGGAGAUAUCCCUAGACAGGUCACAACAAUGUCAGCAUUAGCCGUGCUUGACCUCUCCAACAACUCCUUAACCGGCAAACUCCCGGAGAGCAUCGGAACAUCUCCAGCGCUGGAACUCCUCAACGUCUCCUACAACAAACUCACAGGCCCAGUCCCUACGAACGGCUUCCUCAGAACCAUCAAUCCAGACGACCUAAGAGGAAACUCAGGUCUCUGCGGCGGCGUUCUCCCGCCGUGUAGCGACUCCCAAAACGCAGCUUCACGUCACAAGAGCCUCCACGGGAAACGAAUCGUCGUCGGGUGGUUGAUCGGGAUCGCAUCGGCUCUACUCCUAGGGAUCCUCGUCAUCGUCACGAGGACUCUCUACAAGAGAUGGUACUCCAACGGAUUCUUCAGCGACGAGACGGCGAGCAAAGGCGAAUGGCCGUGGAGGCUCAUGGCGUUUCAUCGGCUAGGGUUCACCGCCUCCGAUAUCCUCGCAUGCGUCAAGGAAUCGAACAUGAUCGGAAUGGGAGCGACGGGAAUCGUCUACAAAGCGGAGAUGUCGCGAUCGACGACCGUACUCGCCGUGAAGAAGCUCUGGAGAUCCGCCGCGGAUAUCGAGGACGGAACCACCGGAGAUUUCGUCGGCGAAGUGAACCUCCUCGGGAAGUUACGUCACAGGAACAUCGUGAGGCUCCUUGGAUUCCUGUACAACGAUAAAAACAUGAUGAUCGUAUACGAGUUCAUGCUCAACGGCAACCUCGGCGACGCGAUUCACGGGAAAAACGCCGCCGGGAGGAUGCUCGUCGAUUGGGUGUCCCGUUACAACAUCGCGCUCGGUGUAGCUCACGGCCUCGCCUACCUCCACCACGAUUGUCAUCCUCCGGUGAUCCACAGAGACAUCAAAUCGAACAACAUCUUGCUCGACGCGAAUCUCGACGCCAGGAUCGCCGACUUCGGCCUCGCGAGGAUGAUGGCGAGGAAGAAGGAAACCGUUUCAAUGGUCGCCGGUUCUUACGGUUACAUCGCUCCCGAGUAUGGAUACACGCUGCAGGUGGACGAGAAGAUAGACAUAUACAGCUACGGCGUCGUUUUACUAGAGCUGUUAACCGGAAGAAGACCGUUGGACCCGGAGUUUGGAGAGUCCGUAGACAUUGUGGGAUGGGUGAGGAAGAAGAUAAGAGACAACAUAUCUUUGGAAGAAGCAUUGGAUCCUAACGUUGGAAACUGCAGAUAUGUUCAAGAAGAGAUGCUUUUGGUUCUACAAAUAGCUCUUCUCUGCACCGCGAAGCUCCCUAAAGACAGACCUUCGAUGAGAGACGUGAUCUCGAUGCUCGGAGAAGCUAAACCGAGGAGGAAAAGCAAUAGUAAUGAGGAAAACACUAGCCGUUGUGGCUUGGCCGAGAAACAACAGCCAUCGGUGUUUAGUGCUUCACCUGUAAAUGACCUUCUUUAGGGCGUGAUGGAAGAGGAGUGUGGCUUAAACUGAUAUGUAUGUAGAAGAGAGAGAGAGAGAGAUCUUUGAUUUGCCUUAUUACAUGUAGAAUAACUUUGCUCUCUUUACAAAUGUUUAUUAUUAACUUGUGCA